AUGGCAGCACAGAACCUAAGCCGCUUCCCACGUCUCCUCUCCCGCCGCGCCUUCAGCACAUGUCUACCACGCGCGACCUCAUUCAAAACCAGCCCCGCCCCACCACGCCUCCCAAAAGACGAGCAAGAGAUCUUCGAAAAGCUACAGAAGCAAAGCACCGGCGCCUUCAGCACUCCCAAGUCCGAAUCCCCCGCCCCGGCACCAACCUCCAAGCCCGACAUUCGCAUGCGCAUCAACCAAUCCCCGGACAGCUCUUCACGGCCAGCAGUCAAUCAAUCGCCCGACAGCGACGGACCAGAGAUUCGCUUCGAGAAUGGCAAGGAGAUUAAAAAGGGCGAGGAGUUCCAUCCGAAUAUGAGGAGAGGGGCGCCGCCGGAGUUUGAGGGGGAGAUUAAUCCGAAGACGGGGGAGGUAGGUGGGCCGAAGAAUGAUCCGUUGAGGUGGAAGGGGGAUUGGAGCUACAAUGGAAGGGUUACGGAUUUUUGAGGGGUGGUAGACGGAGGGCAGAGGGGUGGGUGUAUGUGAAGGUGUGUUUGGGGCUGGAGGGUGAAUGAGAUGGUAUGGCAGGCAUUACGGCAUUUACUGUAGGAGUAGGAAGAUAGAUCUGCAUGAUUAGAUCUGCAAUCUUGCAUGUUUGCUA